GUACUGUGAUGUUCUGUCAAACACAAAUGAAGUCACUCCAUCAAUGGCAGCAUCAUCAACAGACCGGACUCUUCCACAUCUUCCGACUCCAACAGGUUGUGCCCACAACAUCAGUAACUGUGAGUUAGCGGAGUGUCCAGAUCUGACCUCUGUCCGAUGUGUCCGGUGUCGGGCUAGUUACACAGAGGUUGAGGGACGCUGCAUGACGUGUCCAACCCGCACCCCUAUCCUGCAUUGUGAGGAGGAGCAAUCAGUCGGCUGUCUCUUCAGAUGGUGCAGCAGGUGCGAGCAGGGAUUCUACCGGGAAGCUUCUGCUUGUGAGGUGUGUCCCCGUCUCCACGCCGGAUGUCGUGAUCACGUCUGCUCCUCCGCUGAUGACGUCAGGUGUGUUAGAUGUCAGCCGGGUUUCUUCCUGGCUGGAACCACCUGCAAAGAAUGUCCUUCCCCAAACCCAAUGUGCGACGAAUUCACCUGUAGGGACUCCAAUGACGUCACAUGCACCAAGUGCAAAGAUGGAUUCCUGGAAGUAGACGGCCAGUGUCUCUUAUGUCCGUCCACGAGCCUGAUUCCUGACUGUGUAGACGUUGCCAGAGACGGCUGCUUUAAAAAACUGGUGCAGGAAGUGUGCUCCAGGCUUCUUCAUCAGCGGAACAGCUUGUGAUGUCUGUCCCCACCUGGUGUAGGCUGUCAACUUGCUGAAUGUAAUUCUACCCAAGACUCGCGCUGUGUCACAUGUUUCCAUGGCUACGACUUAAAGGGUGGAAUCUGCACACAUUCCCAUGGCAACGAAUCAACUACUACCUUAACCCAAUGCGUGGACAACCCACACGUCGAUUGUGCUUCCCUUCACUCAUCUCUCAACGUCUGCUCAGAACCGACUACGGCCUGUGAAUACUGCCCUCGUUACUGCCACAUGUGCAACACGUGCACCCAGGGUGUGCCUAUCAUUGGCUGAUGAAGCAGAAUGAAUGAGAUCUGUUUCAGGCUGUUUUGCACAGUAUUUCAGUCACAUCGGGUGUGCCGCUGCUGAAACCCCGACGAGAUGACUGUGCAAAUGUUUGUCAUUUACGCGUCUUGCGGGUAUGAUGCUCUCAAAAGGAAAA